AUGCGCACUCAUUCAAAAUCAACAUGGCGACACAGAAAGAGGAGAGGAAAUACGACGAGCAAAAAAGCAUUGACGGUUUGAAACGGGARCACUUCUUAAAACCCGAUUCUGAUCAAAUAGACUUAAACCUUCUUUUGAAAGCUGUUUUGGACAUCAGCGAGAAACUGGAUCGUGAUAAAGAGCAAGCAAGUUCGAAAGGUUUGGAAAAUGGAACGACGCGAUCGUCGUCCGAAAAAACUGUCGAAUUUGAUCAAACRUCUAUUGCAUCUUCUACUAAGUCACGUCCAAAGAGUAGCCGUCGAUAUGAUGGAGUACACAGAGCAACACCAAUUGAACGUAAAAAUAUGUCCUUCAGUAACAGUAAAGUACUCGAUAUUGAUAGGGAAAACCAAAGACUAUUGAAAAAGAUAAGUAGCACUAGCAGGAAACGGCCGAAGUCAACUAGUUCUGCUACUAGUAGAUCUCUUGCAGAGCCGAUGAGAGUUCAAACUGCUGCCGAGGUUAAUAGAGCAAGGUUUCAGAGGAGAGUGGAUGACGAAAAUCAAAAAAUAUUGUCAAGACUAAAGUCUGUUAAACCUACCAAGUCCUUAAGCAAAGACUACUUAUCAAAAGAAGCUGCAUCCCAGAAAAGAUUUUGUGUUAAUUCAUCCAAAAUGCGUCCUUCAAGAAGUGCAUCUAGUUCAAGAAGUACUUCAUCAUCAAGAAUGUCUCAUGCCUUUAGCGAAUCUAGUCUUGCAUCCGAUAAGGACAGCAUUGCUAGUUCUAGAGUCUCUAGAGUAAGCUCUUCGUCAUCACGAUAUUCAAGAAGAAAAUAUGACUUCCCUAAAGCUGUCUGGGAGCCAGGAUGGUAGGAGUCAGAAAAGCCUAGAAGUUUAUAAGAUAAAAUACAAAUAAUAUUAAAACAUGUAAAUAUUAUAAACAAUCAUGGUAAAUGGAUCUAUUAAAUACUGAAUUUUAUAAGUGUGAAUAAAGAUUUUCGUGUAUUUUUCCUUUUUUUUGAUAAUAGUAUCAAAAG